ACCACACUUCUGUUCGCACCGAUAUGGCCUUUCAGUUAAGCGGGGUUCCUAAAAGAAAGAGCCAUAUAAGCACGAGAUUAUACUGAAUGGUUCAGGAUAUCUUCAAUGUUCCAGGCAUUCCGUCAGACAUUGGCUUCGCGUCCUUCGUUGACCCCGGCCCCGUUGAUUCCAAUCCACCCUUUUCUAGAUUCUGCUCAAACUGGGCGCAGUUCCCUACGCUGCGGAAACCCAUAGCCAUGUCUUUGGUCGCACUCUCAACCCCCACCGCUCCAAUCCCAAUGCCGAUGGGUCCUCCGGUGGUGAAGCGCGUUGAUCGCCAUGCGGGGUUCGAUCCUGGGCGUGGGAACCGAUGUCAUGUCGUGGGCUUGAUCCGGAUCCCGGCCAUCUGCAACGGGACUUCUAGGCUCCGGCCAUGCAUCGACCGGAUCCCACACGCCGGAUCGACAGGCUCUGACCGCAAAGAACUUGCCGGGGUAAAUCCCUGUACAGGGCCAUUGGCAACGUCAGUACGAGAUCUGGCCCUAUUCACAAGUCUGGUGGUGGAGGCAGACGCUUGGCAAUUUGAUUUCUCGGCCAUUUCACCACCUGGCGCACCGCUCUCGGGUUCAUUCUCGAAGACUCGCACUUCCCGGUCCAUGCCCCAGUCAUCAAAGCCCUCACUGCAGCAGUCGACGCCUUGAAAGCCUCCGGCCUUGAAGUGACCAGUCUAGAAACACCCUCUAUCAAAGAAGCCACCCUCCUCGCCUUUUGGGCUUUGUGACGGGGCACCAGGGGACUGCCCCUCGCCAUGAUCCAGUGGGAUGGGUUUUGUGCACAACCUUGGCCAAUGUGUUGGAUUAUCCUGCUAUAAUAAUCCCAUGCGGAAAGGCAAAUGGGCUCGAGGAUGCCCAGUAUGUUCGCGAUGUCAAAUAUAGGCCACGAUAUGUUCCGGACGAGCUUGAAGGUGUCCCUUGCUGUGUACAGGUGAUGGGGAGGAUCAAGCGCGAAGAAGAGCUGCUACGUGAAACAGAGACUAUUGCUCAGGUUCUGGGUCAG